AUGACUCCUUGGUGGUAUACCGCUAGUAGCACCCUACUGCUGAGCUCUUUGGGUGCUGCAGCAUGGCCCUACGCUUCAUAUAGUUCAAUCGACUUCCAGCCUCCAAAGCUGGAGGUCAAUACAACAGGCACCACUGAGCCUGGAUAUCUCUUUCUUGGUCCUCGCGGUAGCAUCCAGCCGGCAGGUACGGCUGCGCUGAUCUAUGAUAAUGAGGGCAACCUAGUCUACGAGGGACCAGAGGAAGUUACUGCUAAUUUCCGCGUCCAGCAACUCAAUGGCUCAGAUGUGAUCACUUUCUGGGCUGGUGACAUGAUGAGUCUGGGGUAUGGCUAUGGAACGGUCCAUAUCCUUGACAAUACUUACAAGGAGAUCCAUACCGUGACUCUCACCGGUCCCUUUGUCACACCGGACAACUCGAUUAAAGACUCGUAUAUCGAUUUACACGAGAGCCAUAUCACUCCGAGAAAUACCCUUCUCGUUACCGCCUACAACUUGACACAGCACGACUUGACUUCCCUUGGCGGUAACUCAUCAGAAUGGAUGCUCGACAGUCACUUCUAUGAGAUCGAUAUUUCCACCAAUCAGAUUCUCAAUUCAUGGAGUGCAUUGGAUCAUGAGGACCAAAUUCCGCUUACCUCCUCCCACCAGAAGCUUGGAAAAGAUGUCGGCACACAGGAUGCACCCUAUGAUGCUUAUCACAUCAAUGCUAUCACGCCCACGAACAAUGGCUAUCUAGUUUCGUUGCGUCACAUGUGGUCCGGUUACUAUUUGUUCCAAAACGGCACAAUCAUGUGGCAGGUCAGUGGUGAAGAUGGCGGUGACUUUGCGCAGGUUGGAAAUGCGAACUUUUCCUGGCAACACGACAUGCGCGUGUACAACGAGACAGACGAGGGCCUAGUUUUGAAUCUGUUCAACAAUGCCAACACCCCCACGGACACUGCGGAUCCCACCACAGGGGUCAGCCUGGCUAUUGACCUGGUCCAGAAGAAGGUCACUGGCCUGCGCUCCCUUAGUGAUCCCAAUGACCCAAUCCACUCUGUCAGCCAGGGCAGCUAUCAGUUGCUGAAUGAGGUGAACGGUCACGUCUUCAUGGACUAUGGUUCCAUCUCCAAAGUCAAGGAGUAUGACGGCGAUGGCAAUGUCGUUUUCAGCGCUCAAUUCGGCGAGGACAAUGCUGUAGCCUCAUACCGUGGCUAUCGUGCGCAGUGGAGUGCCGUUCCCUUCUGGAAGCCCUCGCUGAAUGUCACUCGCACCGCCUCUGGCGCUACAGUGUACAUGAGCUGGAACGGUGCGACCGAUUAUGAUAAUUGGGUUGUUUACUCGGCGACAUCAGAGACCUCGACCAACAACACUCAGAUCGGUGCUGCGAAGCGCAAUGGCUUCGAGACCAUUGUGACCCUGACUAGCCCGCCUAGCAACUAUAUUCAGGUUGUCGCCCGCCAGGGUAACAAUGUGCUUGGUACAUCCGAGAUUGUUUCGUUCUAG